AAAGAAAGACACCCUCUUUUCUCUCUCUUUCUCUUUUUUUCUUUCUAUCUGUCUCUUUGCCCUUUGGUUUGGGGGUGUGCGCGUGUCCAUCUAUCAAACUACAACUACCUCCUUCCUACCUAUCUACCCUGCACACUCUUUCAAUGCGUUCACUAGCCGCCCCUAACUUUCUUUAUAUAAUCUAACUCUAAUCUUUCUUUUCUUUCUUACAACAACAAAAGACACAACAAACAAAAACCAACAAUUUUCAUCAUUUCUCUUAUAUUCUUCAACUAGGAACACACACAAACGAAUAUGGCACCUUCUUUUGACAUUACUAGUCACACUGUUUGUGUCAUGGAUGCUUCAGGUCAAUUAGGCUUUAGCCUUGUUCAAAGACUUCUUCAAAGAGGCUAUACCGUUCAUGCAUCCAUUCAACAAUAUGGAGAAAAUCCAUUCAAUGGGAUUUCAGCUGAUUCUGAUAAACUCAAGAUUUUUCGAUCAGACCCUUUUGAUUAUCAUAGCAUAAUUGAUGCUCUUAGAGGUUGCUCUGGAUUGUUUUACUCAUUUGAACCUCCCCUUGACCAACCCAAUUAUGAUGAAUAUAUGGCUGACGUGGAAGUUAGAGCAGCACACAACGUGCUUGAAGCUUGUGCUCAAACAGAAACAAUAGACAAAGUUGUGUUCACAUCCUCAGCAACUGCUGUGGUUUGGAGGGAAGAUCGUAAAACCAUAGAACCUGAUUUGGAUGAAAUACAUUGGAGUGAUGUUAAUUUCUGUCGCAAAUUCAAGUUAUGGCAUGGGAUGUCAAAGACACUAGCAGAGAAAACAGCGUUUGCCUUAGCAAUGGACAGAGGAGUGAACAUGGUAUCAAUCAAUGCAGGACUAUUGAUGACACAUGAUCUCUCCAUUAAACACCCUUACUUGAGAGGAGCUGCUGAAAUGUACGAGGAUGGUGUCUUUGUGACCGUUGAUUUAGGAUUUUUGGUGGAUACUCAUAUCUGUGUCUACGAGGAUGUCUCAUCGUACGGUCGUUAUUUAUGCUUUAAUCACAUUAUUAAUACUCAAGACGACGCCGUUCAGCUUGCACAUAAGUUAACACCUACCGCAUCUUCUUCCUUACCACAAAGUGAUGACUAUGGAAAGAGUUACAUUGAACAGAAAAUAAGCAACAAGAAGUUGAACAAAUUGAUGGUGGACUUUGAGGCUUAACUUCAAUGGUUAAGUAGUGAUCUUUUUGGACAGUUAUUAGAGCAAUAACCUUUAGUUGUUUUUCUUGGGGAAAUCAUUCAUAUGUACAAUGUUACAAAAAUUGUGUAUGUAUGCCCACAUGUUAUAUACAACAAAUUUAAUGUUCUUUUAAUUAAUUAUAAUUUAAUUAUUUAUUUAUAA